AUUCCAGCCUUUUCAUCUUGAUUCGAUAGAAUCUUACGCGGAAAGCUCAACCCCUUCGCUCAAAGCAUUGCUUCAGUCGGACGGAUCAGAGUGGGAAAGUCCCGCUAUCGUCGGCGUCGCCCCCAGAAGUUCAUGUCUGUCAACGCUUGGCGAGCGCCGUUCCUCUCGUUGGCUUGCCGCGCCAUCACUCUUGCAGCAAAACCUCCGACGUUUUUACAUCACACACGAAGUUAUAUCAACCCGCCUUCCAUCCCUCCUACCAAAAUGAGCGCAACAUCUUCAACUCCUGGCGUGAAGGACCACCACCUGCCAAACGGGAAGUUUACAAACCCUUGGCCUAGUUUUGUGGAACAUGGUCUACUGGAGUUUGCAAAGCGAGCGCCGAUGAGCGUCAGAUCUUGGCGAACGAAGCUAGCUUAGCACACGCAACCCAACCUCCUCGUCGCGAGCGGAGCGAGCAGGGUAUCGCUUCAUCCAUGGAUCACAUUCAUCCACUCAUCGCUCCCCA